AUGCUGUUUUCAGGAGCAGGUGAAUGUGGCAAAAGUACCGUGCUCAAGCAAAUGAGGUUGUUGCAUACACAUGGAUUUACUGAUGAAGAAGUGAUGCAGCAAAAAUCAGUGGUAUACAAUAAUACAGCAGAUGCGCGCAUCGUUAUGGAUGUUAUCAAAGCGGGUACCGAAUCAGAGCCUUUAACACCCGAGCUAACUAUUGCGCUGAAAAAUUUAUGGGCUGAUCGUGGUGUCCGGAAGGAUGCUUACGAACGAGGGAACGAGUUCCAAAUGCCGGAAUCUACCAUUCAGUAA